AUGGACCUCUCGCUGCCCGCUGUCGUCAACGCGAUGGUGGGUAGCGAGAGCUCCUGGAACGCUGUCGCCUCCUUCUGCGAAGAGGUGAUGGCGCUGAAGGAGGCGGCAGAACGUCGGCGGGAGGAGGAUGCAGCCGCGGACCCUCUUCGCCGUCGUCGCGAUGGGCGCAGGCGGCAGGCGCACACCCGCCGUCUGCCUCCAGUCAGAACCAUCAACGGUUACAUUGUAACAUUGCUACAAGCGAAAUCUAAGGUGGCUCCGAUAAAGCAAAAAAUAACAUUGCCAAGGUUGGAGCUCAACGCAGCUCUACUAUUAGCAAGACUUCUAAAGAAAAUAAGAGACACGCUGAGGUGCGAUCAAAUUGAUUUAAAUAUGUGGUCUGACUCAAUGAUUACACUGGGGUGGAUAAAGGGAAAUCCCGGUAGAUGGAAUAAAUUCGUUGGCAUACGCGUAUCAGAAAUACGCAACUUGACAGUGCCAGAGAAGUGGAAUUACGUAAAAUCAUCAGAAAACCCAGCAGUUAUAAUUUCAAGAGGAAGUGAACCAAACGCGUUGCAGGAAAAUAAACUUUGGUGGGAAGGGCCGCUCUGGCUGAAAAAACAAAAUAUACCAAUGAAGAGGGUUAUCAUUGACACACACGAAGAGGAAAUACGGUCGUAUCACGCGAGUACCGAAGAAGAAAGUAACUUAUGGGAUAGGUUCUCGGAAUUACAACGUAUGUUAAGAGUAUUAACUUACUGUCGGCGAGUGUUUAGCAAAAAUAAAUCGAAUAAAACAUUACAAGUGGUGGAAAUACAGGAAACAUUACACAAAUUGUUAAAGAUUAUUCAGCAAAGAGAAUUCGAGACGGAAUAUAACGCGCUAUUAAAAGGAGGAACAGUGGGUAAAAAAGGUAGAAUAGCCGCUUUGGAUCCAUUCAUUGAUGAAGAAGGACUGAUACGAGUUGGAGGAAGAUUAAGUAAUUCAACGUUAACAUACAAUCAGAAACAUCCCAUAAUACUACCAUUUAAACAUCAUGUAACAGAUCUAUUAAUAAGAGAUGCGCACAAGGAAACACUACAUGGCGGUAAUCAGGCAACACUUUGCUAUAUAAGGAAUAAGUACUGGAUACUCGGGAUCAAACGAAGAAUCAAAACAGUAUUGAACAAAUGUGUAAAAUGCAUUCGCUAUAAGGGUGUAAAUACGCACCAAAAAAUGGGCCAAUUACCAACCGCACGAGUGACACCAUCACACCCAUUUAGUUCUUCAGGAGUGGACUAUGCAGGACCGAUUCAAGUGCGCACAACGAAGGGGCGAGGCCACAAAUCUUACAAAGGUUAUAUUGCGUUGUUCGUUUGUUUAGCAACAAAGGCAAUACACUUGGAAUUAGUAAGCGAUAUGACAACAUCAUCAUUCCUCGCGGCCUUCAGACGAUUUACAGCAAGAAGAGGACAUUGUUAUCACAUGUACAGUGAUAAUGGAACAUACUUUGUAAAAGCGGCAAAAACACUACAACACGAAGUACUUGAAAUAACACAAAAACCACACCUUCAGGAUAUAAUAACGAACAUCGGUACGCAAUGGCAUUUCAUACCAACACAUUCACCUCAUUUUGGCGGUUUAUGGGAACGGGGAGUAAGAUCAAUGAAACAUCAUCUGAAAAGGACUAUUGGAGAAGCGACACUGACGUUCGAAGAACUCACCACACUCCUAUGUCAAAUAGAAUCAUGUCUGAAUUCAAGACCUCUAUGCAAAAUGGAUGAGAAUAUCGAGAGCAUGCAAGCUUUAACGCCGAGUCACUUCCUUAUUGGAAGAGAAGCAGUUGGUAUCCCGGACCCUAUAGAACAGUGUAUCAUUAGAGAACCUACGUUAAGAUGGAAAAUGAUACAAAAAAUAAAAAAGGAGUUUUGGAAAAGCUGGACAAGUGACUACUUAAAUCAGUUACAACAAAAAUACAAGUGGCGAAGUCAAGGACCGAACGUGAAACCAGGAGACAUAGUGGGGGGUACCGAUACCUCUGGUAUUGGAGAAUCCCCCUCCGCGCGUUUACGCCUGAACUCCCGCUUGGAGUUUGGGCGUAAGCGCGCGGGCCGCCCUGCGUAUUCUGGGGGGGGCACCAUUCCGCUCGUUGCUGGAGCUCGGGGCAAAAGCAAGAAACGCGCAGCGGUUUCCCCUAAAACGUUCGCCGUGGACGUCUGUAACAUUAGGGGACUCCACUCUAACUUGGAGGAAUACCAGAUGUGGAAGAUCAUACACCUUCCCUGCUGGACCUUCUGCUGA